AUUGACUAUAUCAUAACCACUCGUUCCUUCAUGCUAGUUGAGUACAGUUUAUCAAUCACAGAGAGCUGUCGGAAGACUCAAGUUGACGACGAACCAUCAAGGAAAAUAUGUUCACCUCAAGGCCAUCAUUCAAAAAAUAGCUUAUUACUUUUAUUUCCAUUGCUCUGUACCCAAUCAAAGGCAUAAGCUUCACUUGGAAAUACUCACUUUCAUUCAUCUACUCCCUUUUCUAUUCUUACCAUGACACCAGAAAUGUUUACAGGUGCAUUUGUUUCUACUUUCGUUGAGAGGACUAUCGACUCUUUGGCUUCACGUUUUGCGAAAAUAUUACGUGCAAGAAAAUGCGAUAAGAAUCAACUAAGCGACUUGAAGAUGAAGCUCCUAGCCAUUGAUGUUGUGGCGGAUGAUGCAGAACAAAAGCAAUUCACAGAUCCACGUGUCAGAGAUUGGCUUCUCAGGGCCAAAGAUGUUGUUGUUGAUGCAGAAGAUAUCUUGGAUGAAAUAGAUUACGAACUCUCCAAAAGCAAAGUGGAAGCUGAGUCUCAGAGUGCUGCUACGAAGGUAUGGUUGAAUUCCGUCAAAUCUUCUUUUGUCGGUUUCUUUGAAAAUGAAAUUGGAUCAAGGAUGGAACAAGUCAUUGAGAACCUAAAAGAUCUUGAAACAGAAAGCCGUUAUCUAAGUUUGAAAAGGAGUAGUGGUCUUGGGGUUGGAUCAGGUAGUAAAUUAACAUAUACAUCUUUGCCAAAUGAAAGUGUUAUCUAUGGCAGAGAUGAUGACAAAGAAUCUAUCUUUAACUGGCUCACUUCUGAACUUACAUCCGACACUGACAUCAACCUAUCCAUACUUUCUAUUGUGGGUAUGGGUGGAUUGGGAAAAACCUCACUUGCUCAACAUGUAUUCAAUGACCCAAGGCUUGAAGGCAAAUUUAAUAUCAAAGCUUGGGUAAGUGUCCCACAGGAAUUUGAUGUUCUCAAUGUAUCAAAAGCAAUUCUUGAGAGUGUUUCAACAUCAUCUGUUGAUAGUACAAAUCUUGAGGGAGUUCACAAAAAAUUGAAAGAAAAAUUGACGGGAAAGAAAUUUUUUCUCGUUUUGGAUGACAAUUGGAAUGAAAAUAAAUCCAAAUGGGAACAAGUGCAGAAAGCUCUUGAGUUUGGGGCCCCAGGAAGUAGGCUUCUUGUCACUACACGGAGCGAGAAGGUUGUUGUUACCAUGCGAUCUGAAAAGCACCUCCUGCAAGUACUAAGAAAAGAUUAUUGUUGGGACUUGUUCGCAAAACAUGCAUUCCAAAGUCCUAAUUCUCAACUAGAUCCAGAUUUCAUGGAGAUUGGUAAGAAGAUAGUUAAGAAAUGUAAUGGGCUUCCUUUAGCCUUGAAAACAAUGGGAAAUCUAUUAUACAAUAAGCCAUCCCUUCGCGAAUGGGAAAGCAUUAUGAAAAGUGAGAUGUGGGAUUUUUCAGAAAAUGAAAGUGACAUACUCCCUGCUUUAAAACUGAGUUAUCUCCACCUUCCUUCUCAUCUAAAGAAAUGUUUUGCUUUUUGUGCCUUAUUUCCCAAGGGUUGUGUGUUUGACAAGGAGUGUUUAAUUCAACUGUGGAUGGCUCAAAAUUUUCUGGAAAGCUCUUCAACGAUAAAGAGUCUUAAAGAAGUUGGUGAACAGUAUUUCAACGAUUUAUUAUCAUGGUCUUUCUUUCAACAAUUAAAUAAGGAAGAGGAAAAUGCUUUUAUCAUGCAUGACCUUCUUAUGGAUUUGGCAAAAUACCUUUGUCAAGACAUUUGCAUCAGGUCAGGAGUCGAUGAACCACAAGGAAUACACAAAAUAACUCGUCAUUUUUCAUUUGCAACCGAUCUCAGUCUAAUUUUUUAUGGGUUUGGAAAUCUGACUGACUCUCGAAAGUUGCAUACAUUUGUACCAACAGUACGAACAGGAUGGAGAAGGUAUUGGUGGUGCAAGUCGAUAGAUGUCUUGUUUUCAAAAUUAAAGUACGUACGCUUCUUAUCACUGAAUGGCUUUCUUGGGCUUACAGAGGUGCCUAAAUCUAUUGGAAAUCUUAAGCAUCUUCGUUUAUUAGAUCUCUCUUAUACUAAAAUAGAAAAACUAUCCGACUCCAUAGGUUUACUUUACAAGUUGCAAAUACUGAAGUUAAAUCAUUGUGAAAGAUUAAAGGAGCUUCCUUCAUGUUUUCUUCAACUCGAAAAAUUGUGUUUCCUAGAACUAUUCAAUACUGAAGUGAAAAAUGUGCAUAUUUUGGGAGAGAUGAAGAGUCUCCAAGUAUCGAUGAAUCUCCAAGUAUUGAUGAAUUCGUUUUGUGUUGACAUGCAUAAGGAACUCAGUAUUCAACAAUUGGGACAAAUCAACCUUCAUGGGAGUUUAACCAUUAGUGGGCUGCAAAAUAUUGAGAAUCCCUUUCAUGCAACAGAAGCAUACCUCAAGAACAAACCACACCUUGUGAAGCUAGUGUUCAAUUGGAAUUGGAAUCACAACUCCUCUCUUGAUUCAACAAAAGAUAAGGAUGUAAUUGAGAAUCUACAACCCUCAAAACACUUGAAGGAGUUGUCAAUAAGGAGCUAUAUGGGUGAACAAUUUCCAAAUUGGUUACUUGAUAAUUCAUUACCAUAUCUGGUGUCCUUAGAGUUGAAUGAAUGUAAAUAUUGCGAACGUCUACCUCCCCUUGGACUUUUGCCAUCUCUUAAGAACUUGAGAAUUGAAAAACUUCAUGGGAUAGUGAAUAUUGAUGCUGAUUUUUAUGGGAACAAUUCUUCUUCCUUUAAAUCUCUGGAGAAAUUGUAUUUCUACCAUAUGCUAGAAUGGGAAAAUUGGGAAUGUAAAGAUUUGACAGAUGCUUUUCCACGUCUACAAAAGCUCUCUAUAGAAUAUUGUCCCAAACUGAAAGGACAGCUACCAGAGCUCCUUGUUUCUUUGAAAACACUAGUCAUUAUAAAUUGCGAAAAACUUGAGGUUUUAGCUCCCAGAGCACUAGAUUUAUAUCUAGAAGAGAAUGAAAAGGUGUGGUUUGAUUGGGCUACAGUGAAAAGCUUCAAUUUGGCUGGGUACGGCAUGGAGGCACCAUUCUUGGAUAUGGUUCUGGAUAACAUAUCCAACAAUUCUAUUCAACGCUUGGAGAUUAAUAUAUCCAGUUGCGGGGAGAUUAAUGGAUCCAGUUGCGGUUCUCCUCCAAAUAUUGGUGACUCUGUCUCUCUGUGGACCUUUCCACUACAUUUCUUCCCGACACUAAAGAAGCUUACUCUCUGGCACUUAAAUAAUUUACAGAUGAUUUCACAAAACCACGCACAAAAUCAUCUGGAGUGUCUGGAUAUCGGUUGGUGCCCUAAAAUUGAAUCAUUGCCUAAAAACAUGGAUAUGCUCAAGAGUUUACACAUUCGUGAUUGUCCAAAACUUGAGCCUUUCACUGAGGGAGAUUUGCCAUCAAAUCUAGAAGAGAUUACACUCAGUAAUUGCUCUAGACUUCUUGGCUCACUGAAAGGAGCUUUAGGAGACAAUCCGUCUUUGAAAACGUUACAUAUUGAACAUUUGGAUGCCGAAUGUUUUCCUGAUGAAGGGUUCUCAAUCAACUCUCGUCUCUUAAAAGUCUAAACCUUUGGCUCUGCCCCAAGCUUCAACGCUUACCAGAGGAGGGUCUUCCUAAAUCAAUAUCACAUCUUGAUAUAACUUUCUGUUUUUCGUUGGAA